AUGGAAUGCAAUGCCUGGCCUUCCUUGAACGUCACAUCUGCCCUGCGACGCAAGGUCACUCGUGACAAUAUGGCGCAGUGGGUAAACUGUCGAGAUACUAUGCUGUGCCACAACAAACCGAGUGUGAGUCCCGCUGGGGGUGCUGAUGAGAACAAUUCAGGCGAGGUACGCCCUGAAGUCCACUCCAGGCUAAAUGAGAAUUCCUUUUGGGAAGUAAGGCUUUGUGAAAUGCAAGGGAAACGUGAGGGUUACUCAUAUGAUUGUUGCCAAAUUUCCCUGUCAGUCAUUCACCACUUUAUGCAGCUUAAGAUGGCUGGAGCCCAUAAGCAAGAAUAG